CCUAGAGAACCAGCAAUGAGAAUUAUAGAAAUUAUAGAAAAGGGCGUUUCUUACAUGAUACUUCCUGCUCUUUAUAACACUGCUAAUUUUGUUGUCUCAGUGAAGAGAGAGGAGAAAAGGCUAGCUGUGGUCAGAACAUCAAAUGCUGUCUGUCCACUAGUUUUUGAUGAUAUUCCUCUUAUAGCUCUUGAUAUGUGGGAGCACGCUUACUAUCUUGAUUACAAGGAUGACAGAAGAAGAUAUGUCAGCAAUUUCAUGAACCAUCUAGUGUCCUGGCAUUCAGCUAUACUUCGUAUUGCUCGAGCUGAGGCUUUUGUAAAUCUUGGAGAGCCAAAGAUUCCAGUGGCAUGAGACCUUGAAGGUGAUUUAAUCAAAACUUAUCCGUUGCUGCAGUCUGUAUAUAACUAGAUACAAAACAUCCUUUAAAUGUGAAUGAACUAAGCAAGAAAAAAUUGGAAAUUUUAUGGAUCAUGAUGUUAUUGAAUUUGUAAUGAGGAUGCAAGAAUUUUUGAUAUAAAGUUCAAGUCGUUUUUAUCUGGUUGCAA